AUGUUACCAGCAUUUCAAAAGAAAGAAAUAAUUGAACAAUUAGCUCAACUAGAAAAUACUCUUCAAAUAAUAUUUAUUCAAAUUUUAGGUAUGAAAUAUACUGUUCGAUGGUAUACUGAAAGUAGUACAGAAAAUAUUAUCGCAACUGGUGUCUAUUAUGUCCAUGUCGAUCAUGAAUUGAAAGAUGGUGCACUAAAAUUUUGUCCUAGACAUGCACUACAACCAUAG